AUGCGUAGACUAUUGGAAUCUCUAAGGAAGAGAACUCUGCAAGCUGAGAAACCAGUGAAGAUUGAAUCAACUAGUCCAGAAGCCUCUUCUCCUAAGAAAAAGCAGACUAGAAAUGUCUCUCCCUCAUCUGGUUUUGCCAAAUCAACAGAAUCUCCAGCCAAGCCAUCUAGUAAGGGUGAGAAGAGGAAGAAAGACAAAAUCACAAGGGUGUAUGUGUUUGUAAAGGAUGAUGAGGAGACUGAAUCUGAUGAAGAGGUAAAGAAAAUAAAGACCAAGGGCACCAAAGCCACAAAAGUAUCUAAGGAAAAGCCCUCUAGUGAAGGCCAAGCUAGCAAGAAGGUAAAGACAAAUUCUAAUAAGUCAGAUAUUGGAGCUGAGAAGAGGAUGAAAAAGAAGCCAGAAAGAGUCUAUGUGGUAGCCAUUGCAGAAGAAGAGACAAAAUCUGAUGAAGCAGUGAGGGAAGUUAAGAAGAGUGCUACUUUUUCCAGGGUAGUCAAGAAGCAACCAACUGAUGAAGGUCAGCCUAGCAAGAAGCAGAAAGUUGAAGCUGAGCAAUCUAGAAGAUCUUGA